AUGCGCUUGAAGUGUAUUGUUUGUGGAUACUCGCAUGUGCCGCUUAUAUGCCAAGAGAUACCAAAUAAGCAUCGAGAAGAAAAACCACCUGACAAGAGAGUUGAGCGAAAAAACGACCACACAAUGACAAACCAAACUCUUACUACUCAUGUCUUUCUUCAGACUUUGCGGCUGUCGUUAAGGGGGAACAAAGGUAUCAGAUCCGUGAAGGGGUUGGUCGACUCAGGGUCUCAAAGAAGCUACAUUUUGAGAUCCACAGCUGCUACACUCAAUUUGAAACCAAAGAGGACAGAGAAAAUAACCCAUUGCCUUUUUGGUGGUACACAGGUUGACAACACUCACUACUGCUAUGAUAUUACCGUUUUCAGGGGCAACUAUAGCAUCACAUUCGAAGUUCUAGAUCAAUUCUGUAUUUGUAACGAUGUGGCGACGGUAUUCUAUGGUCCUUGGAUACAGGAAUUGAGGAUCGCUGAUAUCGAUGUCUCCGAUGUGGGUGAGUCAGGCCUGAUAGAAGUGUUAAUUGGAGCAGAUGUUGCUGGGUUAUUCUACACUGGCAGGAGGCACAAGUUGAAGAGUGUACUGGUGGCAUACGAAACACAUUUUGGCUGGACAAUGGAAGGCAAGGUACCGACGCAGAGUUCUUUAAGUAUGCUGACGACGGUUUCCAUGCUGUCAAACCCUACCAUAACUGAACUUUGGCAGUUGGAUGUCUUGGGUAUAUCUGACCCAGAGGGGAGAAAGUCCAAAGAAGAGCUUGCGAUGGCAGCCAGGAGGAUGUUUGAAGAGACUGUCCAGAUGAACGAAGAGGGACGAUAUGAGGUGAGGCUUCCCUGGCUGGAGGAUCAUCCUGUUCUUCCUAACAACCUAGAAACUGCCAGAAAACGACUGGCAGGUACUUUAAAGAAGUUAGCGAAGGACCAGCUUAUUUCCAGAUAUGAUGAGGUGUUCAAAAAAUAG